UUUUGCUCCAGUGCCCGGCGCUCCUUCCCGGCAUGUGAAGCCCCCAGGCGCCCGCGCAGUCGCCAGGUUCGCCCCGAGAGCGUGCGGGUGCCGCGGGCCGAGAUGCUCCUCCGGGACUUGGUGCUGCGCCGGGGCUGCUGCUGGCCUUCUCUGCUGCUGCACUGCGCGCUCCACCCGCUCUGGGGCUUCGUGCAGGUGACGCAUGGUGAGCCCCAGAAGUCCUGCUCCAAGGUGACCGACAGCUGUCAGCACAUCUGCCAGUGCCGGCCCCCUCCCUUGCUGCCCCCGCCACCCCCGCCCCCACCGCCUCCCAGACUCCUCUCCGCCCCCGCCCCCAACUCUCCCUCGUGCCCCGUGGAGGAAAGCUGGUGGUCAGGGCUGGUGAUCGUCAUCGCUGUAUGCUGUGCCUCCCUGGUGUUUCUCACUGUGCUGGUCAUCAUUUGCUACAAAGCCAUCAAAAGGAAACCCCUGAGAAAAGAGGAGAACGGCACCAGUGUUGCUGAGUAUCCCAUGACCUCCUCGCAGAGCAACAAAGGCGUGGACGCGAACAGCGCCGUGGUGUGAGUCUGCAGACCCCGACAGGCUGGCCAGAGGGUCACAUUGCAGCGUUAGCGGACACGGGAAGGCAGGAGGACACGAGCUGACUCUGGGCUUGUCCAGGACUUCCGAAGGAGAAACCGUCCCAUUCCCAGCCCGCCCUGGUCAGUGCGCGGACAGGGGCAGCACGGACACCAGGCUGCGCCGGGCUCACCUGCAUGCGGCACCGGGGGCAGUGCCGCCACACCCGCUCUUCGCCUCUCUUCUCCAUCUUGUAUUUGAUCUGCUGUCUCCCAGCUGCGCUCUGACCCAGGCAGGGAGUCUCUGUCUGCAGGGGUGGGGGGCGUCCUACCUUACUCAAGAGAAAGGUGAUCCAGGAGUCACUUGCCUUUCAGAAAACGCCUCCUCCCCCCCAGGAAGACUGUCUGCUCUCCAUUCACCAUGCGUCCCAACAGAAGCCAUCAGCAGAGCCAUGAGAUGUCCCCUUCCAAAGGUGCUUCCCACACAUCUGUCUGUCACCCCAUUGGCGACUGUCUUUAGUCUUCAGGGCCUGCCUCCUUCCUUCCUGUUCCCUCCCACAUCCCAGGCCUCCGGCCCUUGACUUCUGACCCCUGCCACGGCAGGCUGUGACCCCAGCCUGCAAGGUCCCCUCCUGCCUGAGCAGACGGAGGGGCUCUUUUAUACCCAGAGCCGAUGUCUGAUCUUCCAAAGGCAAAACAACUCACUGAACGCCAGGCCAAGGACCAAGGAAGCAAAGAUCCUCGUGGAAACUGAUGCCUCCACAUGAGCCAGGCCCUGCCUUCAUCUGGCAGAGACCACCACUCCUGCCAAGCCCAGCACUCUGGGUUAGGCUGACCCCGCCUGGCGCUGGGUCUCCCCGAUGCCCCCCUAAGGCCCUGACCAGGUACUCAGACCCUCUCUGGAGAGUCCCCAGCCUGCCCUCACCCAGAAGGAGGUGGUGUUCUCCCAGCGGCCCCCUUUGAAUGUCUUAUGUUCUAAAAGUGUUGAAAACGUCUGAGGGGUUGGUGGGCGAAGGGGAGGGAGAGAGAGAGGGGACUGUCCAGACCUGGUCAUCCCCCGGCCUAUUUCCCAGGUGGCCACUUGCCCUGUGGGCACAUCACUAGGCCUGUGGGGACAGCCGCCUGUGGUCUACCGUCUCCUGGAUUGGGGAACACUCCUGAUGCUGUGGUGCCCAACCCCCCACACACUUGCUCCGAAGGAAGACACACUUAACAGUCCGCUCUGUCCAGGUGGACGCUGUCCACUUUUCAGACUCCCAGUGUGGUUCUCUGAAGGGUAUUUGGGCCACGGUGAGAUUUGCCUUCCAGGUAAGCCUGACAGGACAGUAAACAAGUCCCCGUUUAGGCUGGACCCUGGGAACCCACCUUGUAAAAUCCCUUUGCUCCUGGAGCUGCCUGUGAUCCACUGUGCUCAGAGAGCAGAGGGGAGGUGAGUUUGCCGUGACCCUCACUGGGUCCUCCCGCAGGACAGCAGAAGCGGCUGAGGUCAGACCCAGGCCUGCACUCUCCCAGAAAGGGUUCUUUCUUUAGGGUUUUUCUUCUGUGUGAGCUCCUGGUUUUGGUUUUGGGUUGGAUUUUGCUUUCCCUGCGUCCCUUAGCAUGCCACAGUGCCACCAAUGGCCUUUGUCCCUACCCCGAGCUGGUGACACAAGGCCAGAGGGUGUGGGGUCCGCAGCAAGGCGCUUUCCCUUACUGCCUAUAGCCUGCCGCUGGGUCCCCUGCGUGUUUCCUGAGCAGACAGCCAGGCAGGACCCCAGCUCUAUGCACACGCCACCUUGGGCUAGAAGUGAUGGGAAGGCACCUUCUGUCAGAGGGGAAGAUCCUGGCUAAGGGGUCAUAAGUGAUGGGCAUCCAGCCUGGGGAGACGUCAAGGGAGGCAGGGCACAACCCAGCUUUGCCCCACUCCGUGGGUCCCACCUUCCCUUACCCUGGCUGAAACCUGGGACUUUACACUUGGCCUCACCCUUCAGGGCUUCCCAACCAUCCGCCCUUGGCAUCCACCUCGCUCCGGGGCCAGUAGCCCCUUCCCCAGGGGCUCAGCCAAGGCUCUGUGAAAAGUUUGUGCAUCAAUCCCCCCCACCCCCAAAUAGGAUUUGUAAAGUCUUUUCUUGCUCAGCUAAAGAAAACCAAGAGAAGAACCCAGUUUUUUAAAAAGAAUUCACAUGAGAAUUCAAGCCCCCAAACCUAGAGCUGGUCAUUUGGAUACUGUCACGUGUGCCAUGGGAGAGCCUCGCUGGAUUUUUUUGCUUAAGUGACAAGAAGCAUCCGGAAAACCACACCAACCUGGUAUCUCAAAUCAGAACUUUUAUUUAAGGAAUGUAUCUGCAGCCCCUAAACGCAGACCAAUCUUCAGGCUAGCCCAAACUUUGAGGUCAAGAACGAAAUGCGCAUUUCUUCUCUGCAUUUUCUCCAGUAGAUACUUUUUAACUGUCUCCUAGUUGAGCCCAACAUAGAACGGCAUAUAGGAUCUCCCAGAGUUUUUAGGUGUUACUUAGAAGCUUCUAAAGCAAGUUUUGGAAGAAAGACUAAUAGCUGUAAAAAUAUAGACAUAUAUAUUAUAUAUAGUUAUAUAUAUAUUUAAAGAGAUAUCUAUAUAUACAAUUACUGUACUCUCUGAAUCUGUACAGAGUCCGACUUAAACAGCCCAGGUGGUAUGGGAUAUCUAAUGCAUGAAUGUAAAUAUCCUGAGAUCCGCCUUCCAUUCCAUGUGCCGUGUGCACACAGGGAGAAGACUCAUGUCUCUCGUUCUGUCUCAAUGGACAAAUGUGCAAGUUGGUGCCAUCUUGUCCACCAGCGAGCCACUGAUGUGGAUUCUGUGCUGAGACCACACAGGGAACAGGACUCGGGGUCGGGGGGGCGGACUGGAUGCUACUUACAAAGAAGAAAGUACCAUGCCUUUUUUAUUUUCAAUAAAAAUAUACUUAUAAAGAUGA